AUGAAACACUACUUGUUUGUCAUAUCAAUUCUAUCGAUGACAAUUAUAAGUUUUGGUAUAAAAUUAAAUAUCGAGCUGGAAUGGAAGUAUGUUGAUUUUCUUUGGGAUAAUCUGGAAGAGAAGCAGAAGCGAUCAAUUCCGCAUAAUUUAAUAACAGCGUUUGUAAACAAAAUUCUCGUAGAUGGUAGAAUAUUUGUUACUGCAGCAAGAAUCAAAGGUGUACCAGCUAGUGUGAUGACUGUAACAAAUAAAACAGGAACAGGUGGACCACUUCUACGUCCUUAUCCGGAUUGGUCUUGGUAUACAAAAAAUGAUUGCAAUGGCAUUACGACAGGUGUUUACCGAAUUAAUAUUAAAUGCAAUCAUUUAUUCAUUAUGGAUGGUGGAAAAGUUGAACCAAACGGCAUCCAAAUUUGUCCUCCAAAAUUACUUAUUUUCGAUUUAUCAACGGAUAAACUGGUGUUAAUGGGCGACGCAGACGGAUACGGUUUAGGGGUAUAUAAUGCCAAUACUUCAAAAGUUUGUAGAAUUGAGACUCCUUUCAUGCGACCAAUUGAUACUCUUAUCACCGUAGCAAACCAAAGCUAUCAUAUAUCGGAUGGUAUUGAACCUAUGGCAAUUGUUCGUAAUGAUUUCUACUAUGCUGCUACGGCUGGACGUACGAUUUAUAAGAUGGAAAUGUCAAAACUAAGCGAAUGUGCGUUAACUAAUUCUGAGGCUACUAAACAGACUCAAGUAGUGGCUACGUUGUCAGGCCAGACAGGACCGAUGGCAUCUGAGAAAUGUGUAUUAUUCUUCAGCAAUAUUCCAAAAACGUCUAUUAUGUGCGCAGACACUUCUAGAAAAAUUAAGUCCGACAACAUGGAAGUCAUCGUGCAAGAUUCCGAAAAGUUACAAACUCCAUAUGGAUUAAAAUAUGUUCCAUACAAAUUAGAAGGUGAACUACUGAUCUUAAGCAAUAGAUAUCAACGUGCUGCUACUAAUACAAGAAAUCUAAACGAAACUAACUUCCGCGUUCUCUCGAUGAAUGCGGCGGAAAUACGAAAAGAGACAAAUUGUUUCGCUUCUUGCAACUACUAA